UGUCAGGUUACCAAGGUGCUCAUCCCUCCUCUGAAUGUUGUCAUGCUUUGUAAAUGAGGAUGUCACUCCAGGGAGAUACAGGGAAUCUUGCCUCUUCCUGCUCAAGAAAUGUCUUCGCUUUCAGAAUAUGCACUGCGCAUGUCUCGUCUGAGUGCCCGGCUCUUUGGUGAAGUGGCCAGGCCUACUGAUUCUAAAUCUAUGAAAGUGGUAAACCUGUUCAGUGAGCAGCCCUUGGCCAAGAGGAAGGAAACUCAUGACUGGUAUCCAAAUCACAACAUGUAUUUUGCACUCAUGGGCACACUCCGUUUUCUUGGCCUCUACAGAGAUGAGCAUCAAGAUUUUAAGGAAGAGCAGAGGCGUCUAAAGAAGCUCCGUGGAAAGGGGAAACCAAAGAAAGGAGAAGGGAAAAGAGCUUCAAAAAGGAAAUAGUGUCAGCUCACCAAGAAAGAAAAUUUCCUCCUCAGUGACUAAGAGAAGAAAAUGUAUUUAAUUUAUUUCUCAUUUUAGAGGAAUGUGGCCUUCCUCAAUGGACAUCAUCCUAGUAUUCAAGUCCAAUUCAGUUAAGUUGUGAUUGGUUUCUUGAACAUAUUCCAGUUGUGCAAAAAUAUUUUGACCUUGGUUUUGUAAUCUGAAGUCUACCUAAUUCUUAAUGAAAUGAAUAAACUAUUGUUUAGUGA